UGAUAAAUUUUUCGUAAGAAUAGGAUUCUAUCAAGUCUCGAUUACGAACUAAGUGCCUCCUCCUUGAGAUAGUGACGGACUAAAUGAGGCGGGUUCAGCAGUGUAUAUAACGCGUCAGUAGCGAUUGCACUACAGUCGGCGCUCGGCACCAGCAACCCGGUAGUAGAAGAACUUCAACUGUUCCACCUCAGUGUGUUUCUGAUCUCCGUUGGGAGUGGAGUACGUCUGCAAGUUUACGGUGUCCUUGGCUGAAAUCUGCUAUUUCACUUGAACUCGGGCGAAGAAGUGGUAUUUAAUUUACGUGUAAUCGUGUCAGCCAUCGGACGACAAACAUGAGCGUCACGAGAAGUUUGUUGCUCGUCCAGGAACUUGACAGUCAUCUCGUCAAGAGAUUUCUUCACCACGUUAGUAGAAAUGCGCCCCCAAGUGGGCGCCUCGUGGGUUCCGUGCGGGGCGCUAGGCUGCGGUCGCUGCACUGCGGGGCCCCGGCGUUGCAAGGCCUCGGCGGGGGGUCGACGCCCCCCAACGCUGAGACCAUAACCUCCUUCAGGUCCCCAGCCUCCUACAGGAGAGUGCACGCCGCUCUAGCUACUCCUCAGGAGGAGGAACUCUUUGAACCAUCCCACGGUCCGGACCAGGUGCUGCCUGCGAGGUCACACAAAUGUUGGCAUCCUGACGGCGCCGUGACCCUCACAAUGGAUGAAGAAGGCCCAGGGGCAAGGGCGCCCAUGUCUGUCCACAGCCUCCUGCAAACAGCAGUUCUCGCCCACCCCCAACAGCCCGCCCUCGCCGUCCACCGUGAUGAUGCCUGGAAGUACUGGAACUACGCAGAGUACUACGCAGCCAGCGCGACCGCUGCCAAGGCAUUCAUCAGGCUGGGACUGGAACGCUUCCACAGCGUGUGCAUCAUGGGUGCCAACAGCCCCGAGUGGGUGAUUGCCAACAACGCCCCGAGUGGGUGA